GACGGGGGCGGACCGGAAGUGCCGGCGUGCGGGGCCGCUCUGCGCCGGCUUCGCCGCCGCUCUCGGGGGCCGCUGCCGGGGGCGGGCAACGACGAUGAGCCUCCUGCCUUCGGUAGGGGACGGCAACUGCUACUACAUCCUGACAGAAGACUGCGCCUACGGCAGCAAGUACUUCAAAUCCGGGAACAUGUGCUUCUGCAGCGAGAGGAGCUACCUGCGCAGCUUCGCGGACCGGCCCUCGGCUCGUUUCCUCAAAGUCGUCAUGCUGGACGACGGCUCCACCGUCACCAUCAACGUGGAAAUCCUGCAGCCGGUGCGCAAGGAGGUGGCCGCCCUCCUCCUGGGCGUCGGCAGCCCCAGCGAGCGCUUGGACUGCUUCCUGGAGAGGCUGAGCCUCGAAGCAGCCCUGCGAGCCGUGCCGGGCCAGAAGGUGACGGCGGAGAUCGACCGGCAGCACUUCCCUGGCGUCAUCCGCUACGUCGGGAGCAUUCACAAAAGCGCCUCGGCCGCCUUGUCCCCGGUCUUCUUCGGGGUGGAGUUGCAGGGCGAGGGGGAAAGCAGAGGGCGCAGCGACGGAUCUUACCACGGCACCGAAUAUUUCAAGUGUAAGCCAAGCUGCGGGAUCUUCCUGCCCUUCAGCAGAGUGCAGUUUACUCCCGCCCCGGAUAACGACUACGGGAAGCAGAAGCCCAAAGUGGAAGCGGAGGAGGUGGUGCCCGUGAAGGUGGGAGACGCAGUUAGCUUCUACGUGGACGAGGUCCUGACGAAGGGAAUAGCGAUGGCGGUUUACAGGGAGGGAUCCCAGUGGUUCGUCAAAGUUUGCCCGGAAGAAGAAGGAACAACUGACAUCUUCAGAGAAAUCCCUAUGGACUCCGUCGUGAAGGAAAACUUGCUUUCUCAAAGUGUUUUUUCAACAUUCGAAUCCGACGUGGGCUUGGGACACUCGAAGCAAGUGAAACGGCAGGCGAGCGAGAGCGGCGAGGAGAGCGAAAGUGGGAACCCCCCCUUGGAGGUGAACUCCAUGGUCCAGAUCACCUUGGACAAGGGAAAUCAGGUGUUUGGAAUCAUCCGCUGGCUGGGGUACCUACCCCAGAUCAAGCACAAAAUGGCAGGAGUUGAACUGGAUGAAGAUAAGGGGGUCACUGCUGGCGAGUGGCUGGGCAAAUACUACUUCCACUGCGCUCCAAAGCGCGGCCUCUUCGUGAAGCUGCAGUCCUGCCAGCCUGACGUUCGCUUCCAGUGUUCGCGCGGCGGCGACCUGAACCUCGUGGACGACGGCGGGCGGGAAGCUCUUCCCCACGCUCCCGUCAGUUUUCCCCCCCUCAGGAAUGAGGAGGCGGUGUCCGUCCUGCGAGGGCGGAUGAAAGGGAUCCAAGGCCACUGCAACUCCUGCUACAUGGAUGCAGCUCUCUUCAGCCUCUUCUCCUGCACGUCCGUGCUGGACUCCAUGCUCUUCACGCCUUUCACGCUGUGUGACAGGAACGUGCAGGACAUCCUGCGGGAGGAGAUCGUUAAUCCCCUCCGAAAGGCUGGCUUCGUCAAGGCUCGGAGCGUGAUGCACCUUAGGGAGCAGUUAACCGAGAAGGGCAAAUGCUCGAGCUUUACCAACGCUGAGAAAGAUCCCGAGGAGUUCCUCAGCCUCAUAAUGCAGAAGAUCCUGGGAAUAGAGCCGCUCCUGAAACUGCAGUCCGGAGGCCACGAGGGACUGGACUGUUACUGCUACCAGAUAUUUAUGGACAAACAGGAGGACCUGGUGGUUCCUGAUGUACAGCAGUUAGUGGAACAUUCCUUCCUGACCUACGACCAGAAGCUAGUGGAGAUCCCGUCUUGCUUCAUCAUCCAAAUGCCGCGAUUUGGAAAGGAAUACAAAAUGUUCAGCAAGAUCAUCCCUUCCUUAGAGCUGGACAUCACCGAUCUGCUGCUCGACAGUCCCAGGGAGUGCUGCGUGUGUGGCGACGUCGCCACCCUGGAGUGCUCGGGGUGUUUCAAGGACAAGAUAUUUGCGCCUACGGGCCUGAAGCAGUUCUGCGGCACCUGCUCCAAACAGGUUCACUCCCACUACCGCCGCAAAGCCCACAAGCCGACCAGGCUGCACGUCCCAGAGGAGUUUCAGUGCCGGAGCCCCCAGGGUAGCCAGCGGGUCCCCCGCGAGAAGAUGGAGCUCUUCGCCGUGCUCUGCAUUGAGACCAGUCACUACGUCUCCUUCGUUAAGUACGGCCCCGAGAACGAGCACUGGAUGUUCUUCGACAGCAUGGCUGACAGGCACGGUGAUGAGAACGGCUUCAACAUUCCCACCGUGACGCUGUGCCCCGAAGUUGCCAAAUACCUGGACUUGCCGCUGGCUGUGCUGGCCCUGGAGCAGCCCCGGGACAUGGACGGGGUGGCCAAACGCCUCUUCUGCGACGCCUACAUGUACAUGUAUCAGAGCAAGAAGAUGGCGCUUUACAAGUGACACCGUCUUGGGGCUGGCGUCAGAGACGUGAGCUUGGGGUGGCCCCGCAGCCUGUAACGGGUGAAAGCAGCCAGAGUCUGGGUGCACCGAGCUUGCACUUCUGCCUCUUCUUGCCUCUUCUUACCUCUCCCAGUGUCUGCUGUCAGGCUAGCUACGGGAGCCUGGCUGGGUUUGUAAAUCCUGCGCCAGGCUUUAUCGAGAGAGAGUUGGUGCUUCCUGCGGGCCUGGACUCGGAAUUCUUUACACUCAAAUUCUCUCAUUCCUACCUUCCUUCUUCCUACCUCCUUCCUCCGCAGGUACUCGGCAGCUCUGCCCUACCUCAGGGUCCUCCCCACACCCUUUUCCCUCCCACGCCGAGGACCAGCAUCUGGAAUCAAAACUCGAGGAGUUACCCUCAGGUCUGCAAAGACCGAGAGAAAACCACGGCCUCGCCCUGCGCAGCACUUCCUCGUGUGGACACGUGGGGUGAGAACCAGGAGCAGCCGCGUGGCUGUGUCAGGAGCAGGGCUUUCCUUGGGGUCUGGGAUGUGAGCCCACACCCAAAGCUGGGUCCCUGAACUGUCUUCACUUCCCUUAUCCAGCCCUAAUACCUCUGGCACUUUUACCCGCCGUCCCUUAUUUUCCACCACGAGGUUAACGGGGGAUGUCGUGGGCUGCAAAUAUGCUCGAAAACAGAUAUUUCUGUAGGAACAAACUUAGGAAAAAAAAAUGGAGCAGAGGAACAGCAGGUGAGCAUGAGGUACGCUGCCAUCUUUUUGUGAAGCCUACGUUAUUGCUAUGGGUUCGGAGGCGUUCUGACAUCCCUUCUCUCACUUGCUGUCCCAUCUUUGCAUCCACUUCUGAGAUCUGUACCAAACAGCAACAACAAUUUCAAGGGCAAAAAUGGAAGAAGGAGCACUUUUUACGUUUUUCUUUGCCACGGCAGCAGGAAGGAUGAGGCUCUCUGAGUGGGAAGGGGUAUCCUUUAAGUUAAAUAGUUUAAAUUUUGCAAGUUACGAGUCGUCUGCUGUUAAGCAGGUGCUGUCAGGGCAGCGGGAAGCUGGCUGGGGACUCAGUGCCGUGGGCUGUUUUAGCCAGGUUCGAGGGAUGGAUGCAGUGUGAUGAACCCAGCUUAAUAACAUUUUUUUUUCUGUGAACACUGCCGUCCAGUUAAGCUCCCACAAGCUCCCACCCUCUGGUGGGUCGAUGGAUGUAGGAGAGCCACGGACGUCGGUGCACAAGGGUGGGGAAUGCUGUGACCCUAAGGCCGUGACCCGGUUUCUGAGCCUCACGGGCAGUCUCGCUGUCUUUUCUUGUCUGUUCCGUGGUACUUUUUGUUCGUUAUCGUGUAGGAACCCAGGCCAGUCUCUUUUCAGGAGCAGUGUGCGCAGGUUUAAUAACAAAAAGUGGUUUUUUCCUCUUUUAAAGUGCAAAGUUACAGUGCCUUACAGAGCGCAGGCCCAGCUGUACCACGGCAGCGCUGUGCUCCAGCCUGAUGGAUUUUUUUAGAAACGGGACGCAAUCAGGCAAUAUUUUGUCUUUGUUUGUUUUGUUUCGUUUCGGUUUUUUCCCCAUCAACGUAUGCUGCAAGGAUCUAAGCAAUGGAGAGAAAAAAAUAAAGCAUCUCCUAUCAAGCCUUUUGUUGGGAGAGGGUGCAAGCUACUGGGGUCGGUACUUGGGGAAUGAGGAGCAGGUGCCCUCCUUGUGCCCUUUCAGGCUCAAAAUCCCAAGGGAAAGUUUCUAAUACGUCUUCAUUACAAGCUCAGGCAGGAUUAGAGGAGCACACACACAUCUCAGGAAGGCACUUCAUUCGUUCUUUGCACUUUCUGUCCGUUCCAUGCAACGUUUCUUGACUAUCUUUCGAUUAAAAGCCUUCAACCAC